CCAGAUCAGUAGUCACUUCCUGUUUACGUUUCCACAAAUGACGUCACACGGAUAACGUUUAACAAACAGUUUCAAAACCGAAACAGCAGAUAACUUGAAAAACAACUAUUCAGUGUUCUUGGAACGGCUGGAUUCGAAUAUCGUCUAUCCUCGCUACAUACCGGAACACCGGGGAGAGUGCACUACCUCCAGUUUCAGCUGUCCUGCUCAUAUUUGAGGACCAAAGGAAGCUAGCCGGGCUGCUAAGUGUAGCUAACGUUAAGUAGAUAACAUUAGCUGGGAGCUAGCUAGCGAGUUAGCAACAUAAACUCAACAGCACUUCAUCUUUAAACAGUGCUCAACAUCUGUUAGUAUGGAGAAUAAAUAUAACCUCAAGAGUCCAGCGGUGAAGAGGCUGAUGAAAGAGGCUGCAGAACUGAGGGAUCCUACGGAGCACUACCAUGCCCAGCCGCUGGAAGACAACCUCUUCGAAUGGCACUUCUCCGUACGCGGGCCCCCAGAUUCUGAUUUCGAUGGCGGGGUUUACCACGGCAGGAUUGUGCUUCCCCCAGAGUAUCCCAUGAAGCCCCCCAGCAUCAUCCUCCUCACGCCCAAUGGAAGAUUCGAAGUUGGGAAGAAAAUUUGUCUGAGCAUCUCUGGCCACCACCCAGAGACCUGGCAGCCCUCUUGGAGCAUCCGAACGGCCCUCAUAGCUAUAAUCGGAUUCAUGCCAACAAAAGGAGAGGGAGCAAUAGGAUCACUUGAUUAUACUCCAGAGGAGAGGAAGGCCCUUGCCAAAAAAUCCCAGGACUUCUGCUGUGAGGCGUGUGGUUGCUCCAUGCGCUCUGCCCUCCUGGCACUGACCCCCAACAGCAACCCCAGCGCAGAGGACGACAAGGCUAAAGAGCUGGCUCAGCAAAUCAACUUCAAGGCAGAGUCCAGUGUAUCCAGACAGGCGAGUGAGAGCGGAGGUGCAGAAAGCGAGCCUUCCACACUCGCCCAGGGAGACGCCUCCACGUCUGCAGGACAGGAAGCUUCUGAAGGCUCUCAGGCUGAGGAGGCAGAGGAGUCUCCAGCCACAGGGAUAGAGGGACCCCGUCCCUCUACAGCCCCCAGCACCGGGCGCCCUCUCAGCCCUCGGCAGCGUCGGGCCCAGCAGCACAGCCAGCAGGUCCAGAGGGACGGCAGAGAACCAGCCAGCAGGCCGCUCUUCGCCCCCACUCCUCGCCAGCCCCAUGAUGAGAGCAAUGCAGGCUCAGUCGUCCUCAUCGUGGUGCUCACUCUGGCCCUGGCCGCGCUCAUCUUCCGCAGGAUCUACCUGGCUCAGGAGUACAAGUUUGACUACGAGCUGUGACUACACACUCCCCCCUCCCCCUUCACCUUCAAGUCAACCCCCCUGCUACCACCCUAACAGAACUAUGGCCAGCUGAAAUGGAACCAGAGCCGAGGCGGUGGCUGAGUCUGACUCUCUGCCCUCCCUUCUCGUCAGCAGAGGGUUGGCUCUCCUCUGAGGGGGAACUUUCAUUCCUGCAGAGGAGGCGCUCCACUCACCACAACACCUCCAGGGUUUCUUUUAAUCAAUGUGAAUUUUACUCUCCAGAGUGUCGUGCUUUUUUGCAAACGGGAAGCUUUGUUGUGUUUUUGAUCAGUUCAGCAGCCACACACACACCACAUGUACCCUUCCAUAUAAUUGUUCUGCCGCUUGUUCCCAUUAUUGAAUUAAAACUGUAAGAUAAUAUGUCAACAAGGUUAAGGGGAUUAUUGUCUCAAAGUGAUGAAUUGAUCUGGAUGCAUCUGCACAAAGUGAAUGUGCUAUGAUGACUUCUUCUUUAUGCGCUUUAACUUCCUGUUUGGUCAGGCCAGUCACAUCAUACAACAACCACUGUGUGGGCGUCUUCAAGUGCACCAGCAGUUUUGGUUCAUAUAGGUGUGGUUGGUAUGACAUUUUAAUCUUAAAUAUCCUGUGCGUGAGUGCGUGCACCUCAGAUCGGAGGUCGGGGGAUGCGGAAGGGAUGUAGUCAAGAACGUGCCUUUAGGUCACAAUGUUUGACACAGGCCAGCACAAAUGAUGACCCUAUUGUAGCUAGGAAUAAUAUUCCAUCCAAAUAUUGUCAGGUACUAGCCCUUUUUUUUCACCCCUUUUAGAGCCUGAAUAACUUUAAUCAAAUGUAAUAAUAACAGCUACUUGUAGAGUGACUGUAUCCUGGCAACAGCACCUCCUGCGGCCCCACAUUAAAGGAUGACUAGACUGUGUUAUAAUAUAUUUUGUUGAGUUGUGUAUUUACAUUAUCCCAAAUGUUUCCAACAAUGUUCAGAUCUAGAGAAAUCUGUAAUUUUAUAUGAAAAUUUCAUGUCACCGUUAUCUCCGACAAAAUAAUUGCGAUUCACAUUCAUCAUCCCAAUAAUCAUCAAAACUCGUAAAACUCUGACUUUAAGAGUUUUGAUGGUUAUUGGGAUGAUGAAUAACAUACUGACAUCCCUUAACCUUACAUUUAGUUAAACACAAAUAUUUGUAUUGCAUCACAGAUAGGAUAAAUAAAGGAUGGAUAAAGAAUGAAAACGGCAA